AUGGGCGCCGUUCUGCCGUACCGCGACAUCAAUGUGCACUCGUCCCCCUCGCACUACGCCUUCUCCUCCCCGUCCUCGCCCACUGCGCCGACAUUGGUGGUAGACCGGCCUUCUGGUGACGUUCGUUUGCACGAUGGCAAGCUGCUGGGCUCGAAAAGGGUGUCCAGCAUUGCCGGCAUUCUUGGUAUCAUCAAGCUGCGACUAGACAAGUACAUUAUCGUCAUUACCAAGGCCCAGCCCAUGGGCAGGAUAAAGGGCCACAUGAUUUACAAGGUCGUUGCUACUGAGUUCCUGCCGCUGCGCGAGCGCCCACUGCACGACCCUGACGAGGACAACUACCAGUCUCUGCUUAAGACGCUGAUCAAGACAUCACCGCUGUUUUUCUCCUACUCCUUCGAUAUCACAAACAGCUUCCAGCGCCAAGCUCACCUCGAUCCCUCGAUACCGCUCUGGAAGCGCGCAGAUGACCGCUUCUUCUGGAACCGCUUCGUGUCCAGCGACCUUGUUGACUUCCGUGGAGGACUGAGUACCGGCUAUGGCAGGCACUCGAGCGGCCAGUCGCCAGAUGUCGACCCCUUCAUCCUGCCUGUCAUGUACGGAAUGAUGGAGAUCAAGAACACUUCGAUCAAGGGCACACCUCUUACCUUCAUCCUGAUCACAAGAAGGUCACGACUUAAGGCAGGGACACGAUACUUCUCGCGCGGUAUUGACGAGAACGGCAAUGUGUCCAACUUCAACGAGACAGAGCAGGCCAUCAUACUCAACGACAGCGCAUCAGGCGGGCCAGGGGGCUUUGGGUCGAAUCAGAACGGGACAGCAAACGCGCUCCCCGGCAAGGAGACGCAGAUCCUUGCAUACGUUCAGACCCGAGGCAGUGUUCCGGUCUACUGGGCUGAGAUCAACACCCUCAAGUACACACCGAAGCUGCAGGUUCGUGGUGUUGAGUCAGCCAUCCCCGCAGCCAAGAAGCACUUUGCGGAGCAAAUCAGGCUGUACGGUGACAACUGGAUGGUCAACCUGGUCAACCAGAAGGGACGCGAGCAGCGAGUCAAGGAGGCAUAUGAGGAAAUGGUCAAUUCUCUGCUGACAUCGCCAAACGAGAAUGUUGAAGGUGACAGGAUUACCGAAGAGAAGUUCCAUAUCGUCGAGCCCGCAAACGCCCAGACCGUCUGGGACCGCCUCCACUACGUCUACUUCGACUUCCACACAGAGACAAAGGGUCUGCGAUGGGACCGAGCGAAGUUGUUGAUGGAUCAGUUGGAACCGCAUGUAUUGAAGCACGGCUACUUCCGGGCUGUGGACAUGCCUGGUGAUGGCAGCCGUGUCGAGGUCAGGCGUCACCAGACCGCUGUUGUUCGUACGAACUGUAUGGACUGCCUUGACCGUACAAACGUUGUGCAGAGCAUGAUCGGACGAUACAUCCUCUCGCGCAUGCUCAUCGACCUUGACUUGAUGCAUGAAGGUGAGAGCGCAGAAGAGGACAAGGCCUUCGAGUUCCUGUUCCGCAAUGUAUGGGCUGAUAACGCGGAUGUUGUCUCGAAGUCCUACUCCGGUACUGGCGCGCUCAAGACCGACUUUACACGUCUCGGUGUUCGGACCAAAGGUGGCGCACUUCAGGAUCUCAACAACUCCAUCACACGUUACUGCCUCAACAACUUCAGCGACGGACCCAGGCAGGACGCAUUUGAUCUGUUCUUGGGCAACUACCUGCCCAGCGACUCUGCAAUCGGUGGGCAGCUUCUUUUUGCCGACCGAAGGCCUAUCUUCAUUCAGUCGAUACCCUACAUUCUUGCUGCCAGCAUCUUCUUCAUUCUCGUCAACUGGCCCAAACUCAACCGCCUCCCGCACCAAGUCGAAGCCUACCAAUCUAGCCUUACCAAAGUCUCGCACAAUCCCGUAGUCGGCUCUCUAAUUGGCACGAAGCACGAGCGAGGCAAGAGUGAUGCCAGGCUGCUGGGCUUGGAGGAGGGCAAGAAGCGUGUUGAGUAG